UCCAAACCCGAGAGACCAAAAUCUCCGGCAUCCACCGCAGUGGACCACCACUUUCAAACACUAAACAGAAAGCGUUCUUUCUUCUUCAUCAUCAUCUUCUUCUUCUUCUUUACCUUUUACCUUCCAUUUCGUACGUACACAGACACGUUCAUCCCAAUUACUGUGUAUAGGCUCGGGUUUAUUGCUCAAUUCAGCAACUUAUAAUACCGUAUGGAUAUAUGGGGGGAAGCAAAGGAGUAGUAUCCUUCGCAAUGAAUGAUGAAGUCUGAACUAGCUUAGCUUGUGCACUUUCUGAAUCGGAGAGGGAGUCGUCGUCAUCUUUGCCUCGGAGCUAUGAGGAUUUCGUUUAUUCUUCUGCGAUUGACUCUUCUACUGUUCCUCUUCUGCAAUCACAACGGUAAACUCAGUGUGAGAGCAUUCACUGGAACUUAUGGGAUUAAUUAUGGAAGAACUGCAGAUAACAUCCCUUCACCGGAUGAAGUUGUUAAACUCCUAAGAGCAGCAAAGAUAAAAAAUGUUAGGAUUUAUAAUGCAGAUCACAGUGUCAUUAAGGCAUUUAGAGGAACUGGGCUUGAGUUAGUGGUUGGAAUUCCAAAUGAAAAUGUAAAAGAUAUGAGUGCUAAUGCAGAUCAUGCACUGAAUUGGGUAAAAGAUAAUGUGAAGGCAUUCCUUCCUGACACACUCAUUGUUGGGAUUGCUGUGGGUAAUGAAGUUUUGGCAGGGAAUGAUUCUGAAGUGUCAGCAGCUUUACUGAAUGCUGUAAAAAAUGUACAUAAUGCCACAAAAAAUCUGGGAAUUAGUGAUGCUAUUCAGAUAACAACUGCACAUUCACAAGCUGUUUUUGCAAAUUCGUUCCCUCCUUCCUCGUGCAUUUUCAAAGAGGAUGUUGCUCAACUCAUGAAACCACUUUUAGAAUUCUUCUCCCAGAUAGGAUCCCCUUUCUGUUUAAAUGCUUACCCCUUCUUGGCGUACACAUAUGAUUCAGACAAGAUUGAUAUUAACUAUGCUCUCUUUAAGUCAAAUGAGGGCAUUUAUGAUGAGAAACCUGCUCUUCAUUAUGAUAAUUUGCUUGAUGCUCAGAUUGAUGCAGCAUAUGCAGCUCUGGAAGAUGCUGGAUUUAGAAAAAUGGAAGUUGUAGUUACAGAAACAGGAUGGGCUUCACAUGGUGGGCAGAAUGAACCUGCUGCUACAGUAGAUAAUGCUAGGACAUACAAUUACAAUUUGCGGAAAAGACUUGCAAAGAAGAAGGGAACUCCAGUGAGGCCAAAAACAGUGCUGAAGGUGUAUGUUUUUGCACUUUUUAAUGAGGAUUUGAAGCAAGGUCAAUUGUCUGAGAAGAACUAUGGAUUAUUCAAACCUGAUGGGAGGAUCUCUUAUGAUAUUGGUUUUUCAGGACUAAAAGAUUCAUCUGCAACAUCCUCUAUUUUGACUUUGAAGGGAAUCAUGGUUCAAGGAUCCUAUUUCUGGGUGUUCGCAAUCUGGGUGUUGCUUUUGCUUUAGCCUUCAUGGUUAUGAAGCCAGUUUUGAUCCUAUUCUACUUCUAUACUAGUAUACUCUCUGAAUACCAUAUCAUAUCUACGGUAUUCAUCUGCAUCUACUCCAAUUUUCCAAUUUUCUUUUCUCCACUUUUUCAUUAUCUGUCCUCUUCUUUAAAUUGGAGAAAUAUACAAGGAACAUAUUUUCUGUUUUCUUUACUGUAGUUUGAAUUUCUCUUGUAAGUAAGCGCACUUUCAAUAUUAUGUAGAGAUACAUUUGUAGUUAGUUAGCUAUAGAAGCUGCUGGUUGUUUUGUUUUUAAUUACUUCAGCAAUGUAAGUUUCAUAUUCAAAUGAAAUGCUCUUUUUUGUUUUUUUGCA